ACAAGUUACCAUCCUUGGUUUAUAUUUGCUUCUUUCUGGAAUAGGACACAGAAGAUCAAGGUAUAUAUAUAGUUAAAUAAACUUUGAUUGUCAAUUAAAAUUUAAGACAAAUAAAAGCGAAAUAUUUGUAGUCUAUAGAUAGAGUAAUUUUUUCUAAAAAUGUUUGUUUGUGAGUUAAAUAGUAGAAUAACCCAAAUGACCGUGAAACUUUCGUUAAGAUUUUUUAAUUCGUAUCCUUGCAGAUGGGUAAGGGCUUUGGAGAGCUUGUAAAAGUGAGAGGAAUUGUAAUGUACACGAUAUCACCCUUCGAACAGAAGACUUUUGGCGGAAUUUUGAGCAAGGGUAUUCCAAACUUCUUCAAACGAACGUACUCCCAAGUAUUUCGGGUUGUUCCCCCAUUUGUUGCCGCCUACUUGAUUUACGAUUGGGGUGAAAAAGAACAUACAAGAUUAGGAAGGAAAGACCCGAAAGAAUUCGCCCAUUUCUAUGAAAAAAAAGAUGAAUAG